CAGCAAGUGUGGAUUGCUUCACAUAAUUUAUACCUUCUGCAUGUGUUAAUAAACAAUGGAUCAAUACUUUGAAAGUUAUGAAGAACUUGACAUCCAUCAAUUAAUGUUAAAUGACAAAACACGUGUAUUAGCAUAUAAAAAUGCUAUUUUUAAUUCGAGGGAGAAAUUUCAAGGCAAAAUAGUAAUGGAUGUUGGUGCUGGCUCAGGUGUACUAUCAAUUUUCUGUGCCCAGGUUGGUGCGAAAAAAGUCUACGCAGUGGAAGCAAGUAUAUUAGCAAAGAGCAUCGAGCAAGUGUCGAUUGAAAAUAAUGCGCAGAACAAAGUUGAAGUAAUUCACAGUAAAGUAGAGGACAUCCGUCCAGGCGAUUUGGAGAAAGUGGACGUUAUCGUGUCAGAAUGGAUGGGCUUUUAUUUGGUACACGAGGGAAUGUUGGAUUCUGUACUUUUCGCCAGGGACAAUUUCUUGCGCGAGGACGGUUCGUUAUUUCCAUCCGUUGCAAAAUUAUACGCCUCGCCGUGCCAGUUGCCUUCUAUGUAUGAAUUUUGGAACGAUGUGUGCGGAGUCGGCAUGAGGUUUAUUGGAAAAGAGUACAGAAAAACCAAGUCCCUGAAGCCAGAGAUCCUGCUGGUGAAUCAAGACGAUCUUCUGGCGGCGGGUAAAUUGCUCGCCUGGCUGGACUUGGAGUGCAUCUCCGUGGAGGAGCUCGAUCCGCUGGGCGGAGAGGAUUACGUGUCGGUAUGCGAGAAGGACGGCAGGUUCCAAGGGAUGUGCAUUUGGUUCGCGGUCGAAUUUCCAGACGGUUCGGAGCUGUCCACGGGGCCGCACGACGAGGCGACGCAUUGGAAGCAGACCGCGGUGGUUUUGCCCGAGGACGUCGAAGUGACGAGGAACGAGCCGGUUGCCUUCAAGUUGGAACUGAAAAGAGACGCGUCGCGUCCGCGGCGUUACAACAUGGAGCUGAGCUUGUUGGACGCGGAGGAGGUGGAGCACGACGUGCCGUGCAAUUGCCACAUGACGAGGUGUAUAGUGACGAAAAGGUACAUCGACGACCUGGACGACAGCGAAUCACGCAUGGCGGAAAAUCCCGACUCGUAGAUUUAUACACGAAAUGUAUAUUAUAUUUUUACUAAAAAAUAAAUUAAAUAAAAAUAAAGUUAUUUCUAA